UGUUUAUUACAAAAAUUUUGAAAGAAAACAUCAAAAUAAAAUUGGAACGAAUAACGAAAUGUCUAGUUAUUCAGAAGAUUCCGACGACACUACCGAAAAAACAUCCUUCACAUGUAACAUUUGUCAUAAAACAUUUUCUAAGAAAAAUUAUCUAUCGAAACAUAAAAAAAUUCAUUCAGAUGAAAAAAUAUAUAAAUGUAAUAUUUGUGAGAAAUCAUUUAUAGAAUUAAGUACCUUACGACGUCAUCGACGUGUUCAUUCUGGGGAAAAACCUUACAAAUGUUUAACAUGUAACAAAACUUUUAGUGACCAAGGUAAUCUUGCACGUCAUAAACGAAUUCAUGUGAUUAGUGGACCAUUUACAUGUAAUAUAUGCGAUAAUACGUUUACAACACGAAGUAAUUUAAGUAAUCAUAUGCGAAUACAUAACGGGGGGAAAUCAAAUUUAAAUGAUAAUGAACCUACACAACAUUUUGAAGAAAACACAUACUCUGAAGAUAGUUCCGAAAAUCAUGAUGAAUCGUUGGAUGAAUCAACACAAAUUCAAGAACGACCUUAUGUGUGUAAAACUUGUAGUCAAGCAUUUCGGUUACAAGCCUCGUUAAAAAUCCACAUGAAAAUUCAUACUGGAAAAAAAGCAUACAAGUGUAAUAUUUGUGAUCAAAAAUUUCGUGAUUGGAAUGGUUUAAAAAUGCAUGGACGAAUUCAUACCGAAGACAAACAAGAACGACCUUUUUCAUGCGAUGAGUGUGAUCAAUCAUUUCGAUUGGAAACAUCGUUAAAAAUACAUUCUAGAAUACAUAAACAGUCUGAUUCGUGUAAUGUUUCAAAACAAAGUAAGCGAAAUAGUUUACAAAAAACGAUUUAUGUUGGAGAUCGAACGUAUAAAUGUGAAAUUUGUGAUAAUACGUUUACCGGACAAAGUAAUUUAACUAAUCAUAUGAGAAUUCAUAGUUAAAGUU